AUGCAUGAUUGCAUUCUAACAGAGACUCUUCCGACUUUUGUUAGAAACGCAACCGUUACGCUUCGUGAUGUUGAGUUAGAUGACGAAUUCAAGGAAAUCCAUGAACGGAUCGUUAAAAUUAUUUCAAAAUUGGCCGUUGAGAAGAAUAAACUGAGCGGUGAAACUUCGGAUGCUGUUGUAAAACAGAAGAAUUUGUCUGAUGAACGUCAUUCAUUGGAGGAACAACUUAGUGCAGCGAAUCAAGAAUCUGUUGUGGUAGGUCAACAAAUCGCAGAAGCAAAUAAUCGAAUCGCAAAGACCAGGAAAUCGAGGCAUAUGAGUAGUACAAAAAUCUCACAAUAUAAAGGAGUCUCGGGAUGUGCAAAAUGCUCAAAACGAAUUGAAUUCAAUAAGGAGACAAAAACCGAAAUGGCAUUGCAUCUGGUUUUGCAGAAACAAGUGGAACCGAGCGCACAGGCAUCGUAUUGA